GAAGCUUUAGUCGUUGCUUGGCAACCGAAGAGUUGGUGGUUAACUUAAAUCCAAUCAUGUGUGUUUAUACUUGAACUAAAUUUAAGUCGAGCAGUUUUAUUCCUGUUUUAUAAAAUUCUAUUUAAUACACAAAACGUUUCAAUUUCAAAGUGAUUUUUCUCAUACUUUAAUGAAUUUUAUUUGUUUUGAACAAAAAUUAUAUAUUUUUAUGUGCAAAGGAAACCUAUGUUAAAAAGCACAUGGUUUUCUAAAAUUAGCAAUUAACCUUGUUUUGUUUUGAACCAUAUAAUGAUUACAAGAAUCCGUCCAAUAUUUUAACAAUUCAAAAUGGUUUUCAAUUGUGUACAAACUGCCAAGUAUAGGCUUUUUAAUGUGAUACUGUGUUUAACAAGCUUUUGGCACUGCCUGAACUGUUUAAACUUAGAACCUAACAUGCCACAUGUAUGUACAGAUCGCCAAAUGGAAUCAGUAAAGGUUCAAAAACCUUGUACAAGAGCUUAUACACAAAUGACCAAAGUAUGGAAGCCAAAUUGUGGACAACACAGUUGGUGUGUUACUUACGAACCCAGAACUAUCUAUUAUACUGGGUAUAAGGAUUCCUACGAAACUCGGUACAAUACUGUAUCUAAAUGCUGCAACGGUUGGACGCAGAAGAAUGAAGAACCUGGAUGUUUUUAUCCCCAAUGUAAUGAUGGAUUAUGCUACAAUUCCGGACGUUGUUUGGGUCGAGGACGAAAUGGACAUAAUUUCCGAUGCAUGUGUCAACCCGGUUAUCAAGGACACAGAUGUCAAUAUGAUGUCAAUGAAUGCAUUAUGAACAAUGGAGGAUGUCAUCAUCAUUGCUGUAAUACACUAGGAAGCUUCUACUGUCGCUGCAAUCCUGGUUAUCAACUAACUUCUGAUGGGCAGACAUGUUCUGAUGUCGAUGAAUGCUUAGUUCAUAAUGGAGGUUGUCAAAGCAAGUGCAUCAAUUAUGAUGGUGGAUAUUCGUGUGAAUGUUUGCCAGGUCAACGACUUCAUACUGAUGGGCGGACAUGCAUUGAUGUAGUACAACAAUGUAAAAUCAAUAAUGGUGGCUGUCAACAUAUUUGUGAUGAAAUCCACGGACGAACUCGUUGUCGAUGUCGCCAUGGAUAUAGAUUAAAUUCUGAUGGAAAAACAUGUGAAGCUUUAGAUACUUGUGCUCGUGACAAUGGGGGUUGUUCUCAACGUUGCGACAUGCUUGCUGGUAGAACAGUUUGCAGCUGUUUGGCUGGCUACCAAUUGGCUCGAGAUGGAAAAUCCUGCACAGAAAUUGAUGCUUGUGCUCGAGAAAAAGGAGGUUGUUCACAAAUUUGCCAAAGUGAGCAUGGAAGAGCUAUCUGCAGUUGUCAUUCUGGCUAUCAACUUGGAAGAGACAGAAGAACUUGCACAGAAAUUGAUGCUUGUGCUCGAGAUAAAGGAGGUUGUUCACACUUGUGCCAAAACGUUAGAGGACGCCCUGUUUGCAGUUGCCUGCCUGGUUAUCAACUUGGAAGAGAUACUAAAACUUGUGAAGAUAUUGAUGAGUGUUCUUCAAACAAUCCAUGUGCUCAUGUCUGUCAUAACACUCCAGGCUCUUACUCGUGUAUGUGCCAUCUUCACUUCCAACUUGGAAACGAUGGUCGUUCAUGUUUCCGCAUUGAAAUGGAAGUAGUAAACUCUUGCGCAGAUAAAAACGGUGGUUGUGAUCAAAAAUGUCGCCAUGGACCUGGUGGAGCAAUUUGUAGCUGCUAUGCUGGUUACGAGCUGGACGCAGAUGGAAAAAAUUGUAAUGAUGUGGAUGAGUGUCAAAAAGGCUUAUCCCAGUGUAAACAAGACUGCAACAAUAGCCCUGGGGGUUAUUCAUGUGCUUGUCGUUUAGGUUAUACUUUAGAUCGAGAUGGAAUUACAUGCAAUGAUAACGACGAAUGCCUAGCUAAUAAUGGAGGCUGUGAUCAACUUUGUGAGAAUACAUUAGGAUCCUAUGAAUGUAUUUGUUUAGAAGGCUACAAGCUUUUGACUGAUAAAAAAAGCUGCGAUCUUGCAUCUCCAAGACAAGCAAUACUAAUAGAAACAUCUAAUAGUAGAUCUGACACACCACCUGUAUCAUCACCAAGAUUGCGUUAUCAAGUCACACCACCGACAGUAGUACCUCUUUUGGAUCAAGAUUUUCGGCAAUAUUUAGCACUAGAAGGGCUAGAAAUCAGACACUCAUGCAUUCGAGGUACUUUUGGACCUAAUUGUAUAUACAACUGUGAUGAUUGCCAAAAUGGGGGAAAAUGUGACAUUAGAGCACUAAGCUGCACAUGCCAACCAGGAUUUACAGGAUUGUUAUGCAAUGAAACUUGUCCAAAGGACACUUUUGGAGAUAAUUGUUCAAAGAAGUGCAAAUGUCAGAACGGUGGAAUUUGUGAUCCAGUUACUGGCGAAUGCACUUGCCCUCCCGGCAUACAAGGGAAAAAAUGCGAAGAAGGCUGCCCUCCCGGAACCUUUGGAGAAAAGUGCGAAAAAAGUUGUCCUCAACGAUGUCCCAGUGGGCGUUGCAACAGAAUUUUCGGAUAUUGCGAAUGCGAUUCUGGUUUAUUUGGACCUAAAUGUAAUUUACCUUGUCCAACUCACACUUAUGGACCUAACUGCAGACACCAAUGCAAGUGUGUGAAAGAACAUACUCAAAGAUGCAAUUCAAAGACAGGUAAAUGUGAAUGCAAAAUCGGCUUUACCGGAGCAAAGUGCGACACGGUUUGUCCACCAAGUAGAUGGGGAGAAACCUGUCAAAAUCCUUGCAAUUGUUCUCCCGGAACAGUUUGCAAUCCCAGAAAUGGCGAAUGCAUGAAGGAAUGCCCUCCUGGUUUUAAUGGAACUAACUGUGAUCAAGCUUGCCCCGAAGGAUACUAUGGCACAAAUUGCCUCAAAAUUUGUCUUUGUGGCUUGCGAGAAUGUGAUUCUGUCACUGGAACAUGUUUAUGCGAAGCUGGAAAAAUGGGUGCUCUUUGCAACCAAAAUUGUCCGAAGGGAAAAUUUGGAAAAAGCUGUCUAAAAAACUGCACUUGUGAAAACAGCGGAGUAUGUCAUCCAAAAAGUGGGAAAUGUACAUGUCCAACAGGUUUUGUUGGCAAAUCAUGUGAAAAAAAAUGUCCACCUGACAAGUACGGUGCAAAUUGUGAAAAUCAGUGCCAUUGCGAAAAUGGGGCGACUUGUGAUAAAGCAAAUGGGAGAUGUCAUUGUGCUGCUGGUUGGACGGGAACAAAAUGUAAUCAAGCUUGUAGUCCUGGAAGUUAUGGUCCAAAUUGCCAAAAACAUUGUGAAUGUUUACAUGGUGGAGAAUGUGAUAGAUAUUCUGGGGAAUGUAUUUGCGCACCUGGAUGGAGAGGAACUGAAUGCGGGCAAACUUGUCAUGAAGGUAAAUAUGGUGACAAAUGCCAACAGCAAUGUCAGUGUGAAAAUGGAGCUACUUGCGAUCACAUCAGCGGUGCUUGUACUUGUGGACCAGGUUGGAGAGGAACGUUUUGUCAAACUCCAUGUCCUCGUGGCUUUCAUGGUAUUGAAUGUAAUAAAAAUUGCAAUUGUGGCCAUGGAAUUUCAUGUCAUCCGGAAACUGGAGAAUGCCAAUGUCCACCAGGAACUCAGGGGCCAAAAUGUUCAAAAACUUGCUCAGCAGGUUUCUUUGGAAAAAACUGUGAAGAUCAAUGCUUAUGCAAAAAUGGUGCAAUCUGCGACCCAAACAAUGGCACAUGCCAUUGUUUUCCAGGGUGGCGUGGUGAAACAUGUAAUUUGGUUUGCCCCAAUGGUACUUAUGGUUAUGCUUGUGAAGGCGUUUGUCUUUGUCAAAACGAUGGAUUAUGUGAUCCAAAAGAUGGACGAUGCAAAUGUAAACCAGGUUAUAAAGGUCAACACUGUGAAAAAGUGUGUCCUCAUGGUCAUUUCGGUGCGCACUGUUCUCAUAUGUGCUUAUGUGGGAAAGAUGAACCUUGUCAUCACAUUACAGGAAAAUGUUCAUGUGAUCCAGGAACUACAGGAAAAGGUUGCGAACAGACUUGCCCAGAGGGAAGUUACGGUGAACAUUGUAAAAAGACCUGCACUUGUUCUCCAAAUCAUCAUUGUAAUCCCGUUGAUGGCCAGUGCACUUGCAAACCUGGAUUCCAAGGGCCUAAGUGUGACAAAAUGUGUCCUGAUGGAACAUUUGGAACGGAUUGCAAAGAGCACUGUUCUUGCAAAAAUGAAGCCGAUUGUGAUCCCGUAAAUGGAGAAUGCAUUUGUAAGCCUGGCUUCACAGGUUCAUUAUGUGAAGAUAAAUGUGCAGCUGGAUAUCAUGGGGACGAUUGUCUUCAGACAUGUCAUUGUCAAAACGGGGCCUCUUGUGAUGGCAAAACUGGGAAUUGCAUCUGCUCACCUGGCUUUACAGGAGAAACUUGUGAAGAAACUUGUCCUCAAGGGAAAUUUGGUGACAACUGUAAAAAUGAGUGUCAAUGUGGAGACAAUAAAUGUGAUCNCCUGAACCUGAGGUCUAGAUUUGCUAUGGGAACAUGGAGGACUUUGCGACUCGACAGAUUUGACAAACAGAAAUAG